AUGGCGCAGAAGCUAUAUUUGAAAACCGAGGUAAACAAGAUCUCAGCCCAAGUGGAUGGAGCACAACAGCUGUCUAAGAUUAAUCGCACACAGAGAGAGUCAUCCGGACACCAGUGGCUUUCCCUUUCAUCCUCAAGGGGUUCCGGUAGGGCAGCCCCAAGCGGUCAGCCCCGAGUCCGGAAUGGGGGGCCCAGUACUCCCUCUGGUUUCGGCAAAGAACGCGGGCGGGGCAGGCAACAAAAGACCCACCCACCCCCCCAAACCGAAGCACCGACUCUGCACAACGACUCUGGGAGAGCCCCGAGUCCGGGAAGGAGGGAGGAAACGGCGCAGGCGGGGAUCACGCCGGCGAGGGAGGCGAAGAGGAGGGUGAUCGAUAGGGAGAGACCCGAAGGUUUAGAGAGCCCCCUCCGACCGCAGUCACGUCGACCGGGCUUCCCCCAGUCUGUGGCUCGCCGGCUCCCUCUCUCACACCAUCACCGCGGGAGAUUUCCCAGCAUCUCGGCGGAAGAGGCGAACAGAAUGAACUGCUCGGCUGGUUUCUGGGCGAGAGAGAGAGGCUUGCCCAUUAAGCUGCAGCAAGAAGCCAAAUCCAAAAGCCAAUCUCCAAGCCUCCAAACCACACGUCACCCUAUCAGCUGGGAGCGAGAACUGCAACAGUAUGACAAGCCUUGCAUAUUUAUUCCUGAGCCGAGGGGGAAUUUUCAGAUCGCUCGGGCUCCUGUGGCAGGAAAGCCAGGGACAGAAUCCCUAGUCCAGAAAACACAAAUGUAUCCAAUUUAA